AGGCGCAAGUUCGACUACCAAUUGCCACCUCUAUUUCUGUAGACGUCGAGCGCGUGUGCUGGGAAGACUGUUCAGUGUGGCUUAGACUUCAGCCGGACUGAGUCUGGUCAACCCCGUUUUCGGCGUCUGAUGCAAAAUACCAGAAAUAGUUGACAGAACAUCAACAGAUCAACAGAUAAGUGAUAUCUUGUUUUAGGAAAUAAAAAGUGACGUUUCAGUGCAUGAUGAGGACUGUCGCGUUGUGAAACGAGUGUUAAUAUUUUCCGUUAAACUGGAGACUCUGCUCUUAGCGAUAACUACCAGAGACACCGUUAUCGCGACCAAACGAAGAUCAUUUGUCGAGUUUGAGCUUAAACGAGGAGCGAAACAUACGCGCGCGGAAAGAAAUAGCUUUAAAACGCAAAUACUAGUCACAAAUAUUUAAGGCGGCCUAAAUAUCAAUAAGAAAAUAAUCUAUUUUGCGAGGAUAAAAUAAUUAGGUGUAGAUAACUAAAUUUGUUUUUUAAUUUUAUACGAUAGUCAAAUUAAAAUAUUAAAAUAGUCGUAAUAUUGUGAUUUUAACGAAAAUACAGCGACCGACAAAAUGCAUUCCAUACGCGCUCAUCAAUCGUUGAACAAACAUAGAAAUGCUUUACAAAUAUGGAAGAUCGCUGUGAGAUACUUCGCCGCAGAUGUAGAAUACAGACCAAUCAGAAGUGUCCUCGUCGCCAAUCGAGGCGAAAUCGCCAUUCGCGUGUUUCGUGCCUGCUCGGAGCUCGGUAUUCGCUCUGUGGCGAUUUAUUCAGAACAAGAUAAGAUGCAAAUGCAUCGGCAGAAAGCAGACGAAGGUUACUUAGUAGGCAAAGGAUUACCUCCUGUUCAAGCUUACCUGAACAUCCCCGAGAUCAUUCAAGUUGCCAAGGAAAACAACAUCGACGCCAUACAUCCCGGUUAUGGAUUCCUUUCAGAGAGAUCGGAUUUUGCUCAAGCGGUGACUGAUGCUGGUAUCAGAUUUAUCGGACCUAGUCCUAAAGUCGUUCAGCAAAUGGGAGACAAGGUGGCUGCUAGACAAGCCGCGAUUGAGGCUGGGGUUCCCAUCGUUCCAGGAACGGAUGGACCAGUAACGACUUCCGACGAGGCGAUAGAGUUCUGUAUGAAACAUGGGCUUCCGGUUAUCUUUAAGGCAGCAUACGGAGGAGGAGGACGAGGUAUGAGAGUCGUAAAACAAAUGGAAGAGGUCCGUGAAAUGUUCGAUCGUGCAUCUUCUGAAGCCGCGGCUGCUUUUGGAAAUGGGGCGAUGUUCAUCGAGAAAUUCAUCGAGAGACCACGUCAUAUUGAAGUUCAAUUACUUGGGGAUCACGCUGGUAAUGUCGUGCAUUUAUAUGAACGCGAUUGUUCUGUGCAGCGUCGUCACCAAAAGGUAGUCGAGAUCGCGCCAGCUCCAUCAUUAUCAAGAAAGAUUCGUGAUAAAAUGACCGAAUAUGCAGUUAAAUUGGCAAGACACGUUGGUUAUUCGAAUGCCGGUACUGUGGAAUUCUUGGUCGACGAAUCCGGAAAUUUUUACUUCAUUGAAGUCAACGCUAGAUUACAAGUUGAACAUACAGUAACCGAAGAAAUAACCGGAAUUGAUCUUGUGCAAUCUCAAAUUCGAAUCGCCGAAGGCAUGACAUUACCCGAGCUCGGUAUGACACAAGAAAAAAUUAUUCCUCAAGGAUUCGCAAUCCAAUGCCGAGUGACUACAGAAGAUCCAGCUAAGAACUUUCAACCGGAUACUGGAAGAAUAGAAGUCUUUCGUUCUGGUGAAGGAAUGGGCAUCCGAUUAGACGGAGCCUCUGCGUUUGCCGGAGCUAUAAUUUCGCCAUAUUAUGAUUCGCUUCUCGUUAAGAUAAUCGCCCACGCUGGUGAUCUUCAAUCAUCUUGCGCCAAAAUGAAUCGAGCUCUCCGCGAAUUCCGUGUGCGCGGAGUAAAGACAAAUAUCCCUUUUCUAUUAAAUGUUUUGGAGAAUCAAAAGUUCCUCAACGGUAACGUCGAUACAUAUUUCAUCGACGAGCAUCCUCAGCUUUUUCAGUUCCAGCCAAGUCAGAAUCGAGCGCAGAAGUUGCUAAAUUAUCUCGGUUCGAUUCUAGUGAAUGGCCCGAGCACACCAUUAGCUACUCAGCUGAAGCCGGCAGACAUCAAACCGCAUAUUCCACAGAUCGCUCUAGACUUUGCUAAGCUUGCAGCUGCAGAAGAGACCAAUGAUCCCGAUGCACCAGAUGUUUUGGAUCCUCCGCAAGGAUUCCGUCACAUUUAUAAGCAGCAAGGUCCAGAAGCCUUCGCCAAAGCUAUUAGACAGCACAAAGGUCUUCUUUUAAUGGAUACUACAUUCCGCGAUGCGCAUCAGUCCCUUCUGGCAACUCGCGUGCGAUCGCACGAUCUGCUAACGAUCUCUCCAUUCGUCGCGCACAAAUUCAACAACCUCUAUUCGUUGGAGAACUGGGGUGGUGCGACUUUUGAUGUGGCCUUGAGGUUCCUCCAUGAAUGUCCUUGGGAACGGUUGGAGGAUAUGCGCAAGGCCAUUCCCAAUAUCCCGUUUCAAAUGUUGUUAAGAGGUGCUAAUGCUGUCGGAUACACAAACUAUCCUGACAAUGUGGUCUUCAAGUUCUGUGAAUUGGCUGUGAAGACCGGCAUGGAUAUCUUCAGGGUAUUCGACUCGCUCAAUUAUCUGCCAAAUCUUAUCGUUGGUAUGGAGGCCGCCGGAAAAGCCGGAGGUAUCGUUGAAGCAGCAAUUUCCUAUACGGGCGAUGUGAGCGAUCCGAAUCGUACAAAGUACAACUUGAAAUAUUAUACCGAUUUGGCGGAUGAAUUGGUCAAAGCGGGUACUCAUGUCUUGGCGAUUAAAGAUAUGGCCGGAUUGCUCAAACCAAGAGCAGCCGAGAUGCUGAUUGACGCGAUUAGGCAGAAGCAUCCGGAUGUACCUUUGCAUAUACAUACGCAUGAUACCGCUGGAGCAGGAGUGGCCUCCAUGUUAGCCUGUGCAAAGAGUGGUGCCGACGUUGUGGAUGUUGCCGUUGAUAGCAUGUCCGGCAUGACUAGUCAACCUUCUAUGGGCGCUAUUGUUGCUUCUCUUCAAGGAACAGACAUUGAUACAAAAUUGGAUCUCUCUGAUGUCUCGGAAUAUUCCGCAUAUUGGGAACAAACGAGAACACUCUAUGCACCCUUCGAAUGCACAACAACGAUGAAGUCUGGAAACGCGGACGUCUAUCUCAAUGAAAUUCCCGGUGGACAAUACACAAAUUUACAAUUCCAAGCUUACUCGCUCGGUCUAGGCGAAUUCUUCGAAGACGUGAAGAAAGCGUAUAGGCAUGCCAAUCUCUUGCUCGGUGACAUCAUUAAAGUCACGCCUAGCUCUAAGGUUGUCGGUGAUUUGGCGCAAUUUAUGGUUCAGAAUAAACUGACGGCCGAUGACGUACUGAAGAGAGCCGAGGAGUUAUCGUUUCCUAAAUCGGUGGUCGAAUUUCUUCAGGGCGCUAUUGGUGAACCUUACGGAGGAUUCCCUGAGCCAUUGAGGUCAAAGGUUCUCAAGAACAUGCCACGCGUUCAGGGCAGACCAGGUGCGAGUUUGGCACCGCUCGAUUUUAUUGCCUUGAAGAAAGAGUUGCAAGAAUCUCAUCCACACCUCACUGAAGAGGAUGUCAUGUCGGCCGCGCUUUAUCCUAAAGUAACGAAGGACUACUUGAAUUUCAGAGAACAAUUUGGACCGGUAGAUAAAUUAGAGACCAGAGUCUUCCUUACGGGACCUAAAGUGGGCGAAGUAUUUGAUGUCACAAUUGAGAAGGGCAAAACUCUUGGUAUCAAAACUCUGGCGAUUGCCGAGGAUCUCACGAAGAAUGGCGAACGCGAGGUAUUCUUCGAAAUGAAUGGCCAGCUGAGAUCUGUAUUUAUCAAGGAUAAAGAGGCUAUCAAGGAACUUCAUGUGCAUCCAAAAGCAGUAAAAGGCGAUAACAAUCAGCUAGGAGCGCCGAUGCCCGGUGAAGUAAUCGAUAUUAGAAUAAAAGUGGGCGACACCGUGGAAAAAGGUGUACCAUUAGUUGUAUUAUCCGCCAUGAAGAUGGAGAUGGUCGUACAGGCGCCAAGAGCAGGAAAAAUCAAGAGUCUUGACAUCAAUUUGGGUAUGAGACUUGAAGGAGAUGAUCUCAUCUUAACAUUCGAAUAAACUCUCGUAUUGAUGAAACUGUUCGUGCAUGUCAACUCCUUCGCAUAAAGAUGGCAUAAAAUAUUUAUUGUAAAAACUGUUGCAAACUGUUUGCUUCAAUAAGUGCGGAAGAUAAAAUCUUCACCAUACGACUAAUUAAACAGUUAACACAAUUAAACAUAAAAUUUCAUGUAAAACGAAUUAUUUUUAAAUUUAUUAUUUGUCUUCAUUAAAAAAAAAUUACAGCUUUAUUUUAGAAUAUAAUUCAAAUAUUCUGUACGUAUUAUUUGCGCACACGAAGCAAAUGGCCAAUAUGAUUAAUGUGAUACAAUCGAACGAAGCUGCCUAAGAGAUAUCAAUUAAUACCAGAUAUAAUAUAGAGCACUCACUUAAGAAAAUUCACUCUCUUAGGAAUUUAAAAAAUUCGAUAAUAAUAUUAUCAAAUUUUCCAAUAUAAUCCGUUUUUGAAGGCUUUAUACAGGGUGUCCCAAAGCACUCUUGACAACGCUCGUGAGCAGG